AUGCCGACUUUGGGUAUACGAUGGACAACGCGUCGAAUGAUCACGGCUACACCGAUUCGAUUACAACAACCAGUAGAAGAAGAACAUGAACAACCUGUUAUUACAUUUAUUGGUGGAGGCAAUAUGGCAGAAGCAAUGUUAGGUGGAUUAGAUGCAAGUGGUUACUGCAAAUUACGAUAUAUUGAACCAUUGAAGAGACGACUAGAGUACAUGCAAGAUAAAUAUCCCAACAUUUUAGGAUUAACCGAUGAAAAGGAUCAACAAACGGAAGCUUUACACGAUGCCGAUGUGGUUGUGCUAGCAGUCAAACCUCCUCAAGUACGUCAAGUGAUGCCUAUGGUGACUAGUUGCUCGUUGUCAUUGCCAUUGAUUGUCUCUAUUGUGGGUGGAGUGACGACACACCAAAUCAUUUCAUGGAUGAAUAUACAACAAGGAUCAACAACAAUACCUCCAGUGGUUCGAUGUAUGCCAAAUACACCAGCAUUACUUGGAGAAGGAGCUCUUGGAUUAUAUGCAAAUACGUCGGUGACUUUGCAACAGCGUGAUCUUACUGAACGCAUCAUGCGGGCAGUGGCAAAGGAAAUUUUAUGGGUAGAAAAAGAAUCAAUGAUGAAUGCUGUCACGGGAAUCAGUGGAAGUGGACCUGCUUACUUUUUUUUAUUGAUGGAAUCCAUGCAAAAUGCUGGAGUGGCGGCUGGAUUAACUGUAGAAGAAGCCACUAGAUUAACGAUACAAACUUGUUUAGGGGCGGCUCGAAUGGCACAACUUGGGCAUGAUGACUUGGCAACCUUACGGAGAAAAGUGACCUCACCCAAUGGAACCACUGAAGCUGCUAUUCAAUCUUUGGAAGCAAAUCAAAUAAGACAAGUAAUGAAAGAUGCUGUUUUUGCUGCUACCAGUCGUGCUGAACAAUUAUCCAAUGAAUUAGAUUAG